UUUUCUCAAACUCACAUUCUUUGCUUUCUACACUUUCCUAAAACACCCCAAAACCAAAGAGAAACAGCUUUUUGAAAAGAAAAAAAAUGAGAACCAUUGCCAGAGUUAGCUCAACAACAACAGCAGAGACUUCAAUAGUGUCACCAACACCAUCCAUGUCAGUGAUGCAGACACAAGCACAGCGGUCUCCGUGGCACUCUCCGGUGCCAUACCUCUUCGGAGGCCUUGCAGCGAUGCUGGGUCUGAUAGCGUUUGCGCUUUUGAUCUUGGCUUGCUCUUAUUGGAAGCUUGCAGGUCAAUUGGAUGAGAGGGAAGGAGGACAAGAGAGAGACUUGGAGAAUGGUGAUGAAAAAGAGGCAGGUGAUUCUGAAAGCAAGGCAGUGAAGGUGUUCGAAGAGAGAUUCUUGGUGAUUAUGGCUGGAGAUGAGAAGCCAACUUUCUUGGCCACACCUAUGUAUUCCAAAGCUGCUUCUUUUGGUGAUGGAGUUAACGUUAAGGGUGAGAAAAAAGAUGGGGACAACAAGGCUGAGAAUUGUGAGACAAUGAAAAAGGAGUUGAGUGACCAUGAACAAGCUACCACUGAAGAAACUAGAGAGUCCCCAGAGAACCAAGAAACCCAAGAUCACAACCAGUGAGCGGCUUGGUUUCUUUGAUUUUUGCCCACCGGAGCAAAGAGAGUUUUUUCAUUUUCAUUUCCUUUUUGAAGGUUUUGGAAAAUUUUUCUUUUUUUUCUUUUUCUUUUUUGGUUGUAGUAUUCGGAGAUAGUAAAUUUUGCUGAGAUGAAAUAGGAGAUGAGAUGACGGAGUUUGAUCUUUCCAGUUAAUUACAGUCAAAUUUCUGAAAGAAAUGAUAGCUUCUUUUUCUUUA